AUGACCAUGCAUGUCCUUGUAGACAACAUUGGCUUCUUGUCCGAACAACACCUGACCCGCGGCGAUCUUCCCGCUCGCUACCUCUGGAGGCUAUGGCGCUUGUUGGAGAACAGAGGGACCUGUCUGCAAGCUUGGAAAGUGCUGUCUAAACUUCUUCUCAUCGAAGACGGCGAGAAGACGCUGGGUCUAUACAAGUAUCGACACCACAUCUGUCGACCUUCCGAGCCUCUCUCCCAUUAUACCAAACCUUUAGAAUCUCCUUCCUUCGACUUUCUGUCCUACCUCAACAUCAGUGGCCCCUGCUCAUUUGAUAGCAUUGAACUGAUGGCAUUGCCCGAACUCAAAAACUUGGCCGUUCUCGAAAUCAUUCAGCCUGCGGACGAGUUGCGAACAGUAUUCCCCCGUAUCAGCGACCGCCUUGUCAGAGGCUGGUCUGAGAAACACGACCCGUUCCCGCUCCUCCGUAUCCUACGCGUUUGGGGUGAUGAGUCGGUCACAGAGCACUCGUUGCAGUACUUAUCCCAAUUCCCCUCCCUGCUACUGUACGAUGUCAACGGGUCGCGCAGUGACUGGGGUAACGCCGAGACCGUCGCCUCUCUCCACGGCUGGGAGACGGCUGAACCUCUGCAUGGGCCUCGGGACUCCUUAUUAUGGUAUCUCAUACUUUUCAAGCCGCUCGAUGAAGACCAGCCUGGCAUGUUGCGUGACCUGGCCAGGAGCAUCGACGAGGGCCUCAUCAACUUUUGCCAGAACAACAACCAGCCUCUCUCCUUUGUGCCUUCCGAGACUGCGCCGCCGUUCUUGGACUAUCUCAACGACGCCGCCCGGAGCAACCUUCCCCUUUACAUAGACAGCCCUUCGUCGUACAACGCUCAGAGCUGCAAGGGCUAUCCAUUCGAAACCUGGGCCUUCUUCCUGAAUUCGUUUCUCGGCCAACUGACCAAGGACGAAGACCUCAAGAAAAACCGUGCUGGUGUCACCAAACAAGCUGUCUCUGGUUCCCUGACGCUUCCAUCUCGCCCGCUUGCCUGUCUUCAACUUGGCCACUGUGGAAGGUCAGGGAUAUCACCCACGGUUUCCUACGUGCGCCGUGGCUUGUUUGCGACUUCGCGGUACACGUUCUACAAAAAGGGUAUUCCAGGAGGAAACAUUCCCAAUGCCACGAUUCCCAAAUCCAAGGAGGUCUCCGCGUCCAUGAAACCUCAACCUCAGCUUUCAAGCGUUGAGACAGGCCUCACUCUGAAUCGUCAGAAGCGACGGCGUAUCGACGAUUUGCUUCGGUCAUUUACGAGAUCGUGA